AGAAUCCCCAGGGAUCUCGCGGCAUGGCAAUGAUGCCCGCUAACCUCUCACGUACCCCCACUGUGCUAAUUUUUCAAUCCUUUUUCCAGCUCACCUUUUCCUGCCCGUUUCGCGAGGCUUCCGAGCUCUCGAUCUCUAUAAGACCCGGCCGCCGCGCCUUCCUCCAUUCUUGGAUUCACCCAUUCCUUCUUCCAAAGUCUCAUCAGCCUUCCACCACCCCCUUGCCAGAGCCAGACGUGCACUGCACAAAUCAAGAACAGAGACAGCCUCAUCAUCUCUCUUAGUCCCAGUCGGUUGAUCGGUUUCAACCCUCGCAGCCUUGUUUGAUUCGUUUUGUUCCGAGGAAGAAGAGAUCGAGAGCAGAGUACGUGAUUUGUUUCUCCAUUUGCUUCUUCUCGCGUCCCUCCAGACUCCGACCUUCCAUGGCCAUCGCCUCCCGCGUCACGAAGCGCGCGCUCUCCACCUUCGCCGCCGCCGCCAAGCUCCCGGAGGCGGCCGUCUCGGCGGCCUCCAUCGCCGCCGAGCCGGUGCAUCCCGCGCCGCCGUCCGCGCAGCAGCAGGUGCUGGAGUUCGAGGACACCGGGAGGCUCUUCGUGGGCGAGCCGUCGGCCGCGCUGGUGCGCACGCUCGCGGCGCUGCAGCUCAUGUCUGCGGGCCCGCUGGUGGACGUGUCCCUGGCGGCUCUCCGGUCCCCGGCCGUGGCCGCGAGCCCGCUGGUCCAGGCGGCCGCCCGCGCCACGGCGUACAAGCACUUCUGCGCCGGCGAGACCGCCGAGGAGGCCGCGGCGAGGGUGCAGCGCCUGUGGCAUGGGGGCAUGGGCGGGAUCCUUGAUUACGGCAUCGAGGACGCUGAGGACGGCGCCGCCUGCGACCGCAACACCGCCGGCUUCCUCGCCGCCGUCGACGUGGCCGCCGCGCUCCCGCCGGGCUCGGCGAGUGUGUGUAUCAAGAUCACGGCGCUGUGCCCGAUCGCGCUGCUGGAGAAGACGAGCGACCUGCUCCGGUGGCAGCACAAGCACCCGUCGACGACGAAGCUGCCAUGGAAGGCGCACUCGUUCCCGAUCCUGGCCGACUCGAGCCCGCUGUACCUGACCCCGUCGGAGCCGGCGCCGCUGACGCCGGAGGAGGAGCGCGAGCUGCAGCUGGCCCACGAGCGGCUGCUGGUCGUGGGCGAGCGGUGCGCCGAGCACGGCAUCGCGCUGCUGGUGGACGCCGAGUACGCCACGGUGCAGCCGGCCAUCGACUACUUCACCUUCGCCGGCGCCCUCGCCUUCAAUAGCUCCGGCUGCGGCGGCGGCGUGGGGGGCCGGCCCAUCGUGCACGGCACCGUCCAGGCGUACCUCCGCGACGCGCGGGACCGGCUGGAGGCCAUGGCGGGCGCCGCCGAGCGGGAGCGCGUCCGGCUCGGCGUCAAGGUCGUCCGGGGCGCGUACCUGACGCGGGAGACCCGGCUGGCGUCCGCCAUGGGCGUGCCCUCGCCCAUCCACGGCACCAUCCAGGACACCCACGACUGCUACAACGGGUGCGCGGCGUUCCUCCUGGACCGCGUCCGGCGCGGGACGGCGUCGCUGAUGCUCGCCACCCACAACGUGGAGUCCGGCCAGCUGGCGGCGGCCAGGGCGCAGGAGCUCGGGAUCGGGAAAGGGGACGGCAACCUGCAGUUCGCGCAGCUCAUGGGCAUGGCGGACGGGCUCAGCCUCGGGCUCCGCAACGCCGGGUUCCAGGUCAGCAAGUACCUCCCCUACGGCCCCGUCGAGCACAUCAUCCCUUACCUCAUCAGGCGAGCAGAGGAGAACAGGGGAUUGCUCUCUGCUUCCUCCUUCGACAGGCACCUGCUCCGGAAGGAGCUGGUGAGGAGGUUCAAGAACGCCGUGAUGGGACGUGAGUGAGCCCUGCUCACUCAGUGAGGAGGUGAUCGGUCGUCCGGAGCGUGGAUUCGAUGGGAUGAUAGAGAAGCAAUCGAGUAGAAGUUUGUAAAUACAUCUUUCAGAAUUAUGCAUUGAUGUAUCGCGAUCUCAGUGAAAUAAAGGAAAUAAUGUUUGUUCGCCUGCC